GACGCCGAGCCACGCUCCCGUCCCGCUCGGCAGCGGCGGGCGCGCAGCGGCGAUGCCGCAGGCGGGCACCCACCCGGUCUCCCGGGGCACGGCGCUGCUGGCCCUGUCGCUGGUGCUGGCAGGGUCCCUGGGCGGCGGGCAGCACUACGACUACUACGGCUGGCAGCCCGAGAGCCUGCCCCACGGGCGCUUCUACGGGCGGGAGCCGCAGUGCCUCGACAUCCCGGCCGACAUGCAGCUCUGCCGCGACGUGGGCUACAAGCGCAUGCGGCUGCCCAACCUGCUGGAGCACGAGACCAUGGCCGAGGCCAAGCAGCAGGCCGGCAGCUGGGUGCCUCUGCUCGCCAAGCAGUGCCACACCGACACCCAGCUCUUCCUCUGCUCCCUCUUUGCCCCUGUGUGCCUCGACCGGCCCGUCUACCCCUGCCGCUCCCUCUGCGAGGUGGUACGGGACUCCUGUGCCCCCGUCAUGGAGUCCUACGGCUUCCCCUGGCCUGAGAUGCUGCACUGUGGCAAGUUCCCCUCUGACCACGAGCUCUGCAUCGCCGUCCAGUUUGGGAACAGCAAAGCCACGCCGCCCCCAGUGUCCAAGAUCUGCACCCAGUGUGAGAUGGAGCACAAGGCGGAUGGCAUGAUGGAGCAGAUGUGCUCCAGUGACUUUGUGGUGAAAAUGCGCAUCAAGGAGGUGACGGAGGAGAACGGGGAGCGCCGGCUGGUGGCUGCCCAGAAGAAGAAGGUGCUGAAACUGGGCCCGCUGAAGCGCAAGGACACCAAGAAGAUGGUGCUGCACAUGAGGAACGCAGGUGCCUGCCCCUGCCCCCAGCUCGACAGCCUCAGUGGCAGCUUCCUGGUCAUGGGCCGCAAGGUGGGCGGCCGCCUGCUCCUCCUGGCCAUCUACCCCUGGCAGAAGCACAACAAGGAGAUGAAGUUUGCAGUCAAGUUCAUGUUCUCCUACCCUUGCCCACUCUACCACCCCCUGCUCUAUGGGACUGGGCAGCACUAGGGCUUUUUGCCCACCCUGCCCUUUCCCAGAACUCCUGCACUGGCCCAACAUCCCACCCCUGGCUUCUCUGGCUCCACCCCAGGAGCUCAGCUCUGCUCACCUCAGCCCCUUGGUUGUGCCCCAGCACCCAGCUGUGCACCUGCAGGAUUCCCUGCUGCAUUUGUGGGAGCCCUGAUCCACAGCCAGGACACCUGCCUCCUCCUGAGAGCCCUGCUCUGCACCCCUGGGACCCUGUUCUGCUCCAAGGACCCUCAUCCCUGUCCAGGAGCUUAGUCUGGACCCAGCACCCUUGUUCUGCAUGCUUGUGAGCCCUGGUCUGUACUGGACACCCUUGUCUACUCCCAGGUUCCCCACCCAGAAGCCCAGAGACCCUUGCUUUCAUUUAGAAUUCCUGCUUGGCCCUCUUGGCUACACCUGGGACCCCCUACCCUGCAGCCAUGUCCUUUGCCCAGCUCCCUCAUGAUAUGCCACAGACCCUCAGCCCCCCAGUCCCUAUUCCAGCCCACCAACACAUCCCAUGCCCUCACCUGGAGCUCACAUCCAGCCCUGGGUUAUCUCACCUUCCAGAGAUCCAGCCCGGGCAGGUCCCUCUUGCCCCUCUGUUCCCACUGACUGACUCCCUGCAGACCGAGUGCCCAGAGCUGCACAAACCCCUCCUGGGCUCCCCCACUCCCCAUAGCACAUGGCUCACACCUCCCAGUGCCCCAGAGCAGCCCUGCUGCACCCCUUGCACACACCCUGCUGUGACCCAGCCCACACAUCCCUUGCCCACCAACAGUAAAUUAU